ACUCCCAAGAGAGCACAAAAAACCUUCAUCAGUUCCGACAUGCCGAAUUCAAGCAGCUCCACAUCUUCCACAAAGAGCGUCCGGAGAGCUGCGUCUGAACUCGAGCGCUCCGAUUCCAUUACGUCGCAGAAGUUUGUGGGAAGGCGGCAGAGUUUGAUCGAGGAUGCGCGGAAGGAGCGAGAGGCGGCGGCCGCGGCGGCGGAGGCUGCGGGACUCAGCGAGCAGAUCGUGUUUGAGGAAAGCGAUGGAAAAGCCUUGCUCAGUGUCUUCUUCUCACUGAGGAGUUCAAAGAGCCCAGCGCUGUCGCGCACUCUGAAAGUUUUUGAGACAUUUGAAGCCAAGAUCCACCAUCUUGAAACCAGACCGAGCCGAAAGCCGAAGGACGGUCUGGAGAAUCUGGAGUAUUACGUUCAGUGUGAGGUGCACCUGUCAGAUGUCAGCACACUGGUCAGCUCUCUCAAGAGAAGUGCGGAGGACGUCAAAACCACGAAGGAGGUCAAAUUUCAUUGGUUUCCCAGAAAAAUCGCUGAACUGGAUAAAUGCCAUCAUCUCGUUACCAAAUUUGAUCCGGAUCUGGAUCAGGAUCAUCCAGGAUUCACUGACCCUGUUUACAGAAAACGACGGAAGAUGAUUGGAGACAUUGCUUUUAAAUACAGACAUGGAGAAACGAUUCCCAGAGUGGAAUAUACGGAAGAGGAGAUUCAAACAUGGCGUGAGGUCUACUCCACCCUCAGAGAUCUGUACACCACCCACGCCUGUAGUGAACAUCUAGAAGCUUUCCAUUUACUGGAGAAACAUUGCGGCUACAGUGCCGAUAACAUCCCUCAGCUGGAGGAUGUGUCCCGCUUCUUAAAAGAGCGCACAGGGUUUCAGCUGCGCCCGGUGGCAGGUCUGCUGUCCGCUCGGGAUUUUCUGGCCAGCUUGGCAUUCCGUGUGUUCCAGUGCACACAGUACAUACGGCACGCUUCCUCACCCAUGCACUCGCCUGAACCGGAUUGCGUCCAUGAACUUCUCGGACAUGUGCCGAUAUUGGCUGACAGAACAUUUGCACAGUUUUCUCAGAGUAUCGGUCUGGCCUCUCUUGGAGCUUCUGAUGAAGAUAUUGAGAAACUGUCAACGCUGUACUGGUUCACGGUGGAAUUUGGACUCUGUAAGCAGGGAGGCACGGUCAAAGCGUAUGGAGCAGGGCUGCUCUCGUCUUAUGGCGAGCUGGUGCAUUCUCUCUCAGAUGAGCCAGAGCGACGAGACUUUGACCCGGACAUUGUAGCUGUUCAGCCAUACCAGGAUCAGACUUACCAGCCUGUCUAUUUUGUGUCUGAAAGCUUCUCUGAUGCUACAGAGAAACUUAGAACAUACGUGACCCGCAUCAAGAGACCGUUUUCGGUGCGGUUUGACCCGUACACAGACAGCAUAGAAGUGCUGGACAACCCUCUGAAGAUCCAGCAGGGGCUGGAGACCAUUAAAGAUGAACUGAAGAUUCUCACGGACGCCCUGAAUGUGUUGUCUUGAUUCUGCCGCGAGGAGCCAAUCAGCUGUCCCGUUCCUCUCUGCUUCAUAUGUGACGGCCUCAUCGUUAUGCUGUGCUUCUAUGUCUACAUCUGCUGCUACAGACGUUGUUGCUUUUAAAACGCUGAGCACCAACCUCAAAACCUCACGUCAGUACUUCAUUUCAGAAACGUUGAAGGGAUAGUUCACCCUGAAAAUUAUGUCAUCAUUUAUGGUAACCAAACAGAUCUGUUUUCCAUUGACUAACAUUAGACAAAUAUAUAUGUCUAAUGAAUAUAUAUAUAUAUAUAUAUAUAUAAUAAUUCAGGUUCACAUGCUUAGACUUACAUUGUAUGGACAAAAAAAAUGGAAGUCAAUGGAAAUGAAACAUUCUUCUAAAUAUCUAGGAUUUUUUAAAAGUUGGUAAACAGUUUUUAAUGUCAUUGAUUUCCACCAAAUGGACAAAAAGAAAAAAAAGUACAGUGGAAGUCAAUGGGAACCAAAACUAUCUGGUUGCCAACAUUCUUCAAAAUAUCUUCUUGGUAGAUACCUUAAAUAUUAGUAACCAAACACUUUUGGAUCCCAUUGGCUUCCAUUAUAUGGAAAAAAAAAAUUAAAAAAAUGGAAAUCAGUGGGAACUGAAAUGGUUUGGUUGCCAACAUUUUUCAAUUACAAUUACCAAUGUUCUUCAAAAUAUCUACCAAGAAGAUAUAAUAAAUAGCGGUAACCAAACAGUUUUUACUCUCCUUAUUGAUUUCCACCAUAUGGACAAAACAAACAAAAUACUGUAUUUUCAAGUCAAUGGGAAGUCAAUGGGAACCAAAACAGAUUAUUUGCCAACAUGUUUUUAGAAAAUAUUCUUGGUAGAUAUUUUGAAUAUUGGUAACCAAACAAACAAACACAAAACAAACCAACAAAAAUACAACAGAAGUCAAUGGGAACCAAAACAGUUUGGUUGGAAACAUUUUUCAAAAUAUCUUCUUGGCAGAUAUUUUAAAUAUUGGUAACCAAACGCUUUUGGUUCCAAUUGACUUCCAUUAUAUAUAUAUAAGCUUCCACUGUAAUAGCAAAAAAACAAAAAAACAAAAAUGAAGUCAAUGGAAACUGAAACAGUUUAGUUACCAACGUUCUUCAAAAUAUCUACCAAAAAGAUAUUUUAAAUGAUGGUUUUUAUUCUCAUUGAUUUCCACCAAAUGAACAAAAUGAACAAAACAAACAAACAAAAUACAGUGGAAAUCAAUGGGAACCAAAACGGUUUAUUUGCCAACGUUUUAUUUUAGAAUAUCUUCUUGGUAGAUAUUUUAAAUAUUGGUAACCAAAUGCUUUUGGUUCCCUUUGACUUUCAUUGUAUAGACAAAAAAUAAAAUAAAAUGGAAGUCAGUGGGAACUGAAACCGUUUGGUUGCCAACAUUUUUCAAAAUGUCUUCUUGGAACCAAAACCAUUUGGUUGCCAAAAUUCUUCAAAACAUAUUCUUGGUAUAUUUUUUAAAUACUGAUAAUGAAACAAUUCUGGUUCACAUGCAUUGACGUACACUGUAUGGACAAAAAGAUAUAAUGGGAGUCAAUUGAAACUGAAAAAAUUUAGUUACUAACGUUUUUCAAAAUAUCUACCAAGAAGAUGUUAUAAAUGUUGGUAACCAAGCAGUUUUUAUUCUCAUUGAUUUCCACCAAAUGAAAAACAAAAACAAAACAAAAUAAAUAAAUAAAUGAAUAAACAAAACUGUAGAAGUCAAUGGGAACCAAAACUGUUUGGCUGCCAAUAUUUUAAAUAUUGGUUCCCAUUGACUUUCACUGUAUGGACAAAAAAUACAAUGGAAGUCAAUGGAAACCAAAACUGGUUACCACUUCAAAUUAUCUUCUUUCAUGUUCCACAGAAGAAAGAAAAGCGUACAGGUUUGGACCGACAAGAGGUUGAACAAAUAAUGACUCAGUUUUCAUUUUUUGGAUGAGCUAUGGCUUGGGUGAUCAGACAGUAUAGACAGAAAUUGUGUCAGUAUGACACAAUAUGAUUUUUUUGAGAUGGAUCAUACCCAGUGUUAAUCAAGCUAUUGAAGCCAAAAGUUAUUUAUCACUGGAUGAAGUACUACGCUAAAACAAAUUAAAAAUAUGUACAGUAUAUAAUCAAAUAUAUGUAUUAUCAAUACAAAUUCUGAAUGUAUUAGUAUUUCAAAUAUAUUAUCUAAAAAUAGUCCAUCAAUACAUUGAGCUUAUGUAUUCUCCUACAGAUGGCAAAAAUAUUUUAUUAAUACUGAAUAGAGUGAAUCAUUCAUAAAAUAAUACUGGUCUAACGAUCGGUGCCUGUUUAUAUUUAUCUGUCUCGAGAAAGUAUGAAAUAUAAAUAUGUUGCAAUAGUCUGUCUCUGCCAACAAUGGUAUAAAAAGAGGAUAUACCAUUUAUAUUAUUUAAGCGUAAAUAAAGUUGCAAGAAAACUGUGCAAAGUGAAUAUUAUGUGCUAUACCAUAAAGAAAUAUGUUUGAAAAAUA